AUGUUCACACUGCUGGAUGAGCUGCUGGAAAAACUGCUGGUUGCCGAACUUAGCGAUGCUGAGGCCGUAACUCCCCCGGCAAAGCUACUCAGCGAAGAUGACGUCGACGAUGAGACACUCGAAGAACUUGAUGAAGAAGCGCUAGAGCUCAGAACGGGGGACCGUGAGUUGGAAGAGCUUGAGCUGGAUGAAGAUGAAGCGCUUGAAACCGACGCGCUCAUCUGUCCAGCAGUACUGCUCAGCGAAGACGAUACGCUCGACGAGGACGAGGAUGAUAGACUCGAGUUUGAUGAAGAAGAUAGCGUUGACGAGCUGCUACUCGAUGCAGAAAAACUUGACGAGGAUGAUGAAAAUGAGGAGAGCGAGCUCGAAGUUGAUGUGGUCGUUGUGGUGACGCCUGUCAGAGCCAAGAGCAGCGGCUUCGUCGAGUACAUCAUCUUCGUCAAAGCGAUAGGCAACUCUGCUUAG